GACAGCACAGAAUUUUGGACAGAGCUCCUCCGAGUUUUGCGGCGCGGCGUGACAUGCCUGCGCCAUGGGUAUCCGGUGCGCCGCUCUCUGCACGGAGCGGGUGGUCUCCCCCCUGCUGGUGCUCACGAUCCACGGCCUCAUCGUGGCAGAUGUGGCCUACUACCGCCAGGAGCUCUGGCACGAGGUGAGUCUCUGGUACCGGUCACUUCGGCUUCUCGCGGUGGCCACGGUGGCGGUGUACCUCCGCACCUGUCUCACCAACCCCGGCUUCGUAUCCUCGGCACAUGCGACGGAAGCGCUCUGCAGCAGCAAGGGCUGCCUGCUGCUCUGCUGCGCCGCCUUCGUGUCCAUGAGCGAGUGGAAGGAUUGGAAGUCCAAGCGCGUGGUGCCUGAGCUGCUGGCAUCCACGGCGGCGCCGAGUCCGGAAGCGGAGACCUCACUGGACCCGGAGACGGGGAAGCUGGAGAUUGCGCCGUGGCUGACGGCCGAGGGCAUGAAGCGGCGCAUGCCGGCGGAGCCGGAAACGGAGGCUUCAGGGCUCACACCGCGCUGGUGCAAGCGCUGCCAACUGCACCAGCCCUUGCGCACCAAACACUGCCACGACUGCGGUCGCUGUGUGCGCACUCACGACCACCACUGCCCAUGGAUCGGCAGCUGUGUAGGAGAGAACAACCGCGUGCUGUUCUUCUGGUUUCUGAUCCUGCAAUGCUUAGAGCUGGGGCUCUUCUUCAUGGAGGGCAUUCAGGGGAUCUCCCUGCUGGAGCCCAGCGUGGUGCUGCUGACAGGGCUUCUCUUCAUCGCGAUGUUCUUCCUGAUGGUGAGCUGCCUUUUGUUCUUCCACGGCUUCCUGAUGCUGGCCAACUUGACCACCUGGGAGCAUAUCUCUUGGCGUCAGAUCACAUACUUGAGGCCUUUGAAAGUGGAGAGAGGCUCGCCCUUCGCACGCUCCGUCUUGUGGAACGUGGCUGCCUACUGCUGUGGCCCCAUUUGGUGUCCGGCCAUUUUUCGGCGCGUGGCCGGCUUGCGCUACAGCGAGGGUGGAGUCCUGUGGGAGAUGCCGGGCCCCUGGUCGGGGGAGAAAGCGGCGAAAACGGUUGCGUCGAGGCAAUCGGAUUUCCGCAAUUUCCAUUGGAACCACCAGCAGGGGCAACUUUUGCAGGAGAAUUCCAGUGACCCCUGUGACAAGCAUGAGCUGUUUUCCUCAUUUUAUUUUCUUCCGCAGGUUUGGUAUCUGACUCCAAUUGCUAGGGAUAGCGUGUACGGAGGCGGCAUAUCUGUCAAAACAGGGCUGGAUUUGAGCUUUUUCGCAGCUAUGCCAUGCUGA